UUGACAGGUGAAUGAGAACAGUCGAGUUAGGGAGAGUAUCGCGCAGGAUGAAAGAAAGAGACCUGGAUAGAGAGCCGCUGGGGUGUGUAAAGCUUUCAUCCCUGCGACAAAUGAGAAAUAGAACGACAAUUCUAAUGGCUUCUGAAUGAUGUUCGGGAGUUAAUGAGUUUAACACUGGUGCAGUGCAGUGUAGUGUGUUGAGCAUGGCCACGUCUGCAGCAGACGUCUGUACUUUUAAAGGAUGACCCACGACACCUGCCCUCAGGGCGCUGUUAUUGUGGUCGGCAUGCUGCUGUUGCGUCACAUGUUCAUUGUCAACUCGACGGGCCUCUACUACAGCUCAGUUUGUUCUCCCCUGAGACCAGCAUGUGAGAGAAAUGGACAAAGAGAGUGAGAAGUGGGCCAGAAUUCUGUGGGACUACCUUUGUCUGCCCCAUUCUCUGGAAAAGAGUGAUGUCAUAAUAGGCCUGGGUUGCCAUGAUGUGCGUGUGGCGGAGAGGUCAGCCGCUCUCUUCCUGGAAGGGUGGGCUCCUUGGCUGCUCUUCACUGGUUACAAAGGCAACCAGACUGCAGGUGUGUGGUCGAGGCCAGAGGCUGACGUGUUCCUGGAUGUGGCUCUGAGGAUGGGAGUGCCCAGGGUGAACAUACUGCUGGAGACAGAGGCCACCAACACUGGAGACAACAUCUGCUUCUCAUACAGGCUCCUCAAGGAGAGAAACAUCCCAGCCAACAGGGUGAUCCUGGUCCAGCAGCCCUUUAUGGAGCGCAGGGUCUCUGCAACAUUCCUGCGCCAGUGGCCUGACCAAGGGGAACACACGCAUGCCAUCGUUACCUCCCCCCAGAUGGGCAUCUCUGCCUACCCCCAUCCCACUGUGGGCACUGCCACGGACCUCAUCACAUACAUGCUAGGUGUUCUAGAGAGGAUCCGUGACUACCCACAGAAAGGUUUCCAGGUGGAGCAGGAGAUCACACCCAGUGCUCUCUCUGCCUACCACUGGUUCCUGCAGGCUGGCUACAUUCCCAAAUGAAUACACAACACACACACACUUGUGCUUAAGUUUCGCUAUGGACAUGUUGAUGCUGCUGAUGGUUGGGAAUUUAACAUUAAAUUGCAGUAAAUUCA